AUGGCUCGUCGAACCGCGUGGAAGCGACCGGCGAGGGGAGACAGCCAACCGGCGAGGGGAGACAGCCAACCGGCGAAAGGAGACAGCCAGGCGCAUCCCCAUCAUCUCACGAGCGAUUCGUGCGUGACGGCCAUGAGUAACUCCCCCGCCGACGGGCCCCGCCCAGUGCUGACUCCUCCGCAGAAGCGGCGUGCCGCAGCCGCGUGCAGAAGGGAGCUACUGAACGCGCUGCGGCAGUGGGCGACAGAGGUGAGGCUGAGAGAGGCCGAGGCGGAGCUGCUGCCGAGCCCCCACUUGCAGCUCACUCGCGAAGGUCACAGCCCUGCUAGUAGCCCCACUGAUAGCCGUGCUACUACCGCCGACAGCACCACUGCUAGUAGUACUGAAAUUAGUACCAACACCGGCGUCAGUGGCGUGACCAGCACCAUUGGCACAACUUGUAAGAGCGCAGUUGCUGACUCUGUCAGCCCAGGCAAUGCUGCUGCGGCUGCUGCUCCUGCUCCUGCUGCUCCUGUCGCUGCCCCAGCAGACUCCGCCGUGCUGCUGUGCUCUGCGGCCUGGCGGCGGGCAGCGCUGGCGCGAGCGGCAGCGAGUGGGAACGUGCGGAGGUCGUUGAGGCGGAACGCGACGACGCUGGCGCGGAUAGAAGCGGGCGUGGAUGCUGUGUGCCGCGGGGUGCAAGAGAUAGAGGCCAGCCUGGUCGGCGAGUGCGGUGACAAGGGCAACGCGGGUGGCCAGGGUGGGAAGGUGCUGGUAGCUGAAGCAGGAGGCGCAACAGGAGCAGGAGCAGGAGCAGGAGCAGGAGCAGGAGCAGGAGCAGGAGCAGGAGCAGGAGCAGGAGCAGCAGCAGUAGCUAAGUGCAGCACGUGGCCUGAGGCAUGCUGGCGUGUGCCUCACAUGCCCUUCUCCGAUGUCAUGGCCAGCAGGGCGCGCAGGUUCCUCGUAUUCGCCUACUCCGACGAGCAGCUCUCCAACACGCGCUCUCACCUCGCAGAGGCCGCCAGCUUCGCCCAAGCCACCAACCGCACGCUCGUGCUGCCCAAGUUGUACCACUCCAUCGCUUCCCAAUGUACCACUCCCCUUGGUGCCCAAAGCACCACUCUGCACGUUUCACUACACACUCUCUCCUGUCUCCCGCCUCUUCUGCUUAUGUUUCCCCCUUCCUCUCUGUGGGCCUCCCCCUCCUUUGCUGUCUUUCAAAACCCCACUUUAUGUGAUUCCAUUCCCCCCCCCAACCCCUCUCCUCCUCUCCCCUCCUCCCCGUCUCCCCGUCUCCCCGUCUCCCCCUCUCCCCCUCUCCCCCUCUCCUUUCUCUCCCCGUCGCAACCAUGGCAGCCAGUCGCUGCCGCCUCUCACUCGUGCGUUCCCUGCCACUCUGCACCAGGGCCAGUCGCAGCCGCCUCUCACUCGCACGCUCCCUGCCACUCUGCACCUACUUCAACCUAUCUCGUCUCAACGCCCACUGGGUCUCGCCCGACCUCUUCCUGCUCCUCGCUAGAGCCGCUCUCAACCUCCCCUUUGCUGCUGCUGCACCUGGCGCCACCCCGUCCGUGGCCUUUGUGCAUGUGCAGUCCUCCUACCUAUGGCGCAUGCCCUUCUCUCGAAGCAAGGCCUCUGGUGGACAUGCUGGGUGAGCUGAUGGUGUAUGGCAUGGGGUACGCGCCCUCCAGGCACAACAGUGUUGAUAUCAUCAUGCCCACCAACAGCACUGCAGUUCUCCAGAAGCUGUACAAGUGGCGGCACACGGACGUGCUGGUGUGGAUGAAGAGCACCUUCGGUGUGGUGGACUUUAACCCUCCCACCAGCGCCAUCUCGUUCCAGAUGCUUCCAUACAGCCGGGCGUGGCACGCCAUGGCCCAUCGAGCCAUGGCCCGCCUGCCCCCACGGUGCAAUGCACUACCGCUCCGAGUUCAUCGCCUUCCACCUCGUGAGUUCAUCGCCUUCCACCUCGCGCACAAGCUAGUGCGAAGAGGCUUCAAGACGGAGGCAGGCGUGCUGGAGGAGCUGAUGGCGGGGUGCAUGGAGGGGGCUCGCGACCUCAUCAGCAGCAUGAAGCGCCGCCACAACAUCUCCGCCGUUUUUAUUGCCACCGACGUGCCCUUUGACGACAAGGCGGGCAGCGUGGUGCGGUCGGACUCGUGGAAAGAGACCACGUGGAAGUUUCAAGGGCAAGAGAGGGUGCUGCAGGCCCCACAGGAGAAGCUGCGGUGGCUGAGGGAGCAGGUGGCGGGGAGUGUGAUGGUGGAUGAGCUCUUGCCCGCCAUCAACCAGUAUGACCCCGGUCAGUGCACACUGCUUGGGUGGCUGGCUUCUUUCGUGUGUACCUGCUUCGAUGGCUGCUUUGAUGGCGAUUUGGGUGGCUUCUUGGGUGCGUGGGCGGCUGCUUAG